UAAAACUCUCAACCCACACAAAUAAUUUAGGGGAAUUCCCUUUUUAUAACUUUGGAAUUUCUUACAACUGAGUUGCCAUGAUUAAACUCGAGUUGUCACCUGUCAUAUUUAUUUUGAAAAUAGGAGAAAUUUUCAAAAGUUGAGUCCGAUUGAGAUUUUCUGAUAAAGAUUCGAGCGCCCCCUGAGCUUGAGGGCCCCGGGGCACUGCCUCGCCUAACCCCUUGGUAGCUACGCAAUUGGGUGGCCGGAUCCAUCCGUGCCCCUUUUUAAAGCACGUCUUAAAAACAUCUUUGUAACUAUUUUUUUUAUUUUAUUAGGUACUAAUUACUACCACAGUUCAGGUUAGGAACCUGUGCUAUUACAUAUACAUGUUCAUAAAAGGUUCAAGUCAUCAGAGAAGACUGGAGAUAUAUUUACUUGUAUAGAUUGAGUGAUUGCCGAAAGGUUGUCUUUUCGGUGCGACAGAAGUGCAUCGGUUGCUACGGAUAUGAUUCACUUUUAAAAGUUUCAAAUAAAUUAAUGUGGUUCUGAUAGUAAUUUUUUAAUACAAGCGCUUGGAACUGGUAACAACAAAAAGUCACAUAUAGUCACAAAUUACUUACCUAUCCAAAUAGGGAUGACGACUGGGUAAAAAAAUACAAUUCUAUUUAGUCCGUCAGUCAGAUAAUAGAAAAAUAUUAGAAACGUAUUUUUUUGUUUUACUUCAAUUUAACAGGAAAUAGCUGAGAUAACAGGCAUUAAAGUUGAGGAGUGGGGCCGCAACGUCACAGUUUUGUAGAAAACGUACUAUAACGUGACGUCAUGCGAAAUUUCAACUCCAUGUAUCUCCGUAAUUUUAUGAUUACGAAAAAAAAAAAAAAAUACUUGUUUAAUAUUUUUCAAUACUACUUGACGGACAAUCAAAUAAAAAUUAGUCGUCAUCCCUAUUAGUGUAGUGAUGUGACGAAAGUAAUUUUUCCCGCUUUACACAGCUGCGCUUGUCAUCGUUUGGCAUUGAAAUUAUUGAACGAACUAUAAAACAAUAAGACCAAAAUAUAGUAAACAGUACGUUUAUUAGCAAUAAUAACAAUUUGUACUGGUGGUAUUAUGGAAAGAAAACAUAUUUCUGGAAGACGCAACUUAAAAACUAAGGUAAGCAUUCAGUAAACAUUGUCGUUCAAAUAAGCUAGUAGGUUAUUUAAACAAUUGCAUUUUCAUAACCAUUAUGUAUAUAGGUUAUGAAAUUGUAACCGACAUAAGAAACAUAUUUUUUUUCUAAUACAAACUAGUUAUAUAAAACAAUACACGUACAAAUAAACAAAGCAUCUCGGGAGCUUAGGACGCCAUGUUAUGGCCAAAAAUACUAUUGUUAUAAUGCAGGUUUAGUGCAUGCUGUCCAGCAGUGAACGUUCUCCAGCUGAUGAUGAUAUAAUUAGGUCAAGUUUCAAAUCUUUUUUGGUUAAAACUCGGUACAUGCAUAUUUAGAACUUGAAGAUAUCGAGAUGAUCUAUUUAUUGUAACGUUAAGAUAUGUGUUAAUGUUCUUAGGAAAUUUAAAGAAUCGAUCCAAACAUUAAAUAUCACAGAAUUUCUCAUGCAACACCACAAAAUAAGUUAAUAAAAACAAAAGUUGUAUAAUACACAGGUUUAAAAUACAAUUAUACAAAGAUUUCUUUGGUAAAACUUAUACUACACAAUAUGAUGAAGAGCUAUCUCAUGGGAUGCCAUGUGUUAUGCUAUUGAAAGCCAGCAGUCCGUUGCUACACUUUGUGUUCGUGUAGAAAACUAGACAAGAAAGUGGAUGCCAGUCUAGUGUGACGAUUGGCAUCGCAGCUGGUGGCCGAAUAAUAUAGGAGUUAUGCAUAGGUCUAUUGGAAUUUUCGAGAAAUAAGGUAUGGCCAGUUAGGAAAGUUCUAAUGCAAUUUGACAAGAUCAACUGGUGACUCGGUCAGAGUCGCUGUCAUGGCAUCUUAAUGAGAUAUAACUCUUAGGGAAUCACGCCUUAAAUCAAUGAAGAAAUUGUCUAAAACGUUUUACUUGUUUCAUCCAAACCAGGUAUAAUCCCUGGAAUAAAAUACUAUGUAAUCCACAUAGUAUUUUAUUCCAGGGACUCAUUUCUCAGUAGAUCAUCCUGAAUUAAUAAAGAUAGGUUUAAUCCGUCAUUGAAUGCAAUGACUUUCACAAAAACAAUAUAUAAAAUAGGUACAAUUAAUACUUACUACGUAAGUACAUAAAGUUACAAUACAGCUUGCCUGCAAGCAGUUAACGUUUGAAAAUAUUUACAAAAUAAUGAUAGUUACACCUUAUUUAGUAUAUUAUCAUCAAUAAAAUAUAUACACUAUAUAAAUACAUUUAACAUGUGCGUUAUUAUUUAGAUCAUAAUUUAAGAAUAAUUCCCUAGUUUAAUAAUACCAACAAUUUAUGUUCCAAAUACUCUUCACAUUGUUCGUAUACUACCCUACCAACAUGGUGUUUCAUAAAUUUACUUAGAAGUCAAAAACCAUUUAAAAGCGAGUUGCUGAGUUGGUACCUAUUUAGGCUUAUGAUGAGUGCAAGCCCUUUACAAAGCUGGUUCGGAUUAAAAAAGGAGUAUUUCCUUUUAGUUACAUCAGGUAAAAUUCUAUGCAGUAGUCUAGGCAUUUGCAGGGCUCAACGAGUAUAAAGUUAGUUUAUAAGAAAUAUGGCAAGUAGAAAGUGAGAAGGGACUAGUUAUUUGUGCUUUAGUUCUGGAUGAAAUGACCAUGAGUGAAUCCCUUUGUUUGGAUACUCAAUCUCAUAAAUAUUCUGGUCGCGUCAAUACAGAUAUCGACUUAGAAAGUGAUCCUGUCGAAGUGGCAGGCCAAAGUUUGGACUUUUUAAUAAAUUGCAUAAAUGGCAAAUGGAAAUUCCCACUCGCAUAUUUUUUAAUAACCAGGUUGAGGCGUAAACAAAAAGCUGCACAUUUACUAAUAUGUUUGCAAAAAUGUAAAGUUGGGGUGAAAAUCAUAAGUAUUACUUAUGAUGGACCUGCUGCAAAUUUUAGCAUGUUUGAACACCUCCGAUGUGAUCUUAUGCAAGCAGAUGGUCGUCGGACAUAUUUUAAAUUCGAUUAUGAUAAGAUUUAUUGUUUCAUCGAUCCAUGUCAUGCAGUUAAACUGAUCCGAAACCUUUGGUGAACUUCAAUUAUUUUAUGAUAUGUUUUGGUCGUAAAGUAUAGUUCACUUUAUUAGAAUGACUGUUAAAAUUACAGAAAAGUGAAGGUUUGCAUAUGGGUACGAAAAUUACAAAAGUUCAUGUAGAGGAACUGCAGUAUAUAUGGGAUACUGCAGGUAACUUGGAAUACUUCGUUAUCUCAAUAAAUAUUAACGCCAUAUAUGUUUUUUUGCCGUAAACAUAACGUCGUAAGACACACUACGACAUAUAUUAAAAACAGGAUGCCAUUUUGACAUUCUGGCUACCAGCUUCGACGGAACAAGACGACAGGUUUCAAAACUCUUUUGGUAAGUAUGCAAACAAUGUCAAUUUUUUACUCUCAUACAUAUAAUAUUGAGUGUAAUUUUGAAGAAGAUCAAGAUUGUCAUUCCAUUCCACAACGACGACAACUUCGCCUGUGGUUGCUACUUUGGGAAUGGAGAAUGUCGACGACACAAAGCCAGAGCCGUCAGGCUGUAGGAUUGAAAUUCGAUCCCUUAUUAGUCUUUUUCAAAUUUCUGCCGUGACCACAGUAAAAAAGAGAACUAGCAAUAGAGGCCGUAAGCCAGCAAGAUCUGCAAUAUUCUCAAGUUCUUCUUAUAAAAAAGACCUUGAGAAUGCACAACUUAAAAAGUCUGAUAAAGAAAA